AUGUUAAUGCAGGUCAACAAUAACGGUGUCAUCUCGUUCUUGGUGAGUGUUUCGCAAUUUACCCCCGAUCCGUUUCCACUCGAUGAUGGCCGACGACUUUUGACUCCAUUCUGGGCUGAUAUCGACACGCGAAAUGGUGGGACUCUAUCCUAUCGACAGGUCUUACGAUACGCCCAAAACGACGGCAUAUUCCUCGCAGCCGAUGGAAUUAUAAGAGCAUCAUUUGUUGACAUGAGAGAUUUUGUGUCAUCAUGGAUGUACAUCGCGACCUGGGACAGUGUAUCUUUCUACGGUGCUUCUGAUACCUCCAUCAGGAAUUCCUUUCAAGCUGUUAUGGUGACAAAUGGCCGAUACUCCUUCGCCAUCUUUAAUUACGGUGAUAUCAACUGGACAACAGGAACCGGAGCUCAGGUUGGAUUCAACGCUGGUGACGGAGUGACCUUUUACAGUGUCCCUGGAUCUCGGACAGCGGCCGUCGUCGAUAUCGAAACGACAUCGAACAUCGGUGUACCUGGAAGAUGGGUGUUCAGAACAGACAACUCCAACAUCGAAGGACUAGAAUGUACAACCUCCGGUGACAUUUCCUUGUUCCCAUUGGUUGGUUCAAUGCUUGGCGGAACUCAGGUUCUCAUCAGCGGACCGUGCUUCAACGCUAACAGCCUGAUUGUCUGUGAGUUCGACGGAAUCGAAACUUCUGGAAGACUUCUGGAAGACGAGAUCGCCCUCUGCAUUUCGCCGAAAUUCUACAAGGUUGGACAGAUUCCCUUGCGCGUGUCUCUAGACGAUGGAGUCACGUUCGAUUUCACAGGAUUGUUCACAAUUAUCAGUGUCGAGGACGUUCCUGACAAUGUUUUUUCCUCGGUAACGGAAAGCAACCAAAGAGAGUCGGACUUCGAGAUCACGUGGAACACAGAUAACCUUGAAGGCGUGGAUGAGGUUGACAUCGUUGUCUACGGCUACCGAGAGGAGUCAGAGGACAAUUUCGUGGAGUUUAGGGGACCUUUGGUCAUAGUCGCAGAGGGCGUUGACUAUCAUGUCGGUUACCACACCGUUUCAGGGCUACUGGACCCUGAAAUACAUGUCGACGUCGGUGUUAUUGGGGUCAUGGAAUCUGAAGGUCAAGGGGGAAAUUCUAACCGGGCUGCCAUCUGGAGCAAGGUCCAUGUUCUACAGUGGCACAACGGCGAUGACGUCACAAAUUGGUGCAAUGAUUGGAUUAGAAAAGAAGUUCUGUCUGAUAUUUCCUUUCUGUCUGUCACGCACCCGUGCCCAUGUACACUUGACCAGGCCCAAAUCGACAUAGGGAGGUUUAGUCCGCAUCCGCUGUGCGAUAUUGGCAUCUCGUCGCCUAGCAACUGUAUCCAUAAACCUGGGGCGAUACACUGCGUACGAGCAGACACACCGAGCACACUAGGAGGGGGGCAGGAGUGUUGCUAUGGUGAUGAAGGAAUGAUCAUCAAUGUCCUUGAUAGUCUGGGAGGAGGCUACAGUCAUCGUUACCACCAUGGGGGCGUUACCCCAUAUGGAGAACCUAAGAAGGUACCAUAUAUGUCGCACUACCUCGUCGACAUCUUGCCCUGGACCUACUGCUGUACUUACGGUGGACCAGAUGAGUGCACAAAUUUUGGUCGUCAUCGGCCUUCUCAAACUUGCAACAACUACUUACCGCCUCCUCCAGCAUUGGGCAGUGGUGAUCCACAUAUUUCAACUCUUGACUCGACCACGUACACUUUCAAUGGUCAUGGUGAAUUUACUCUGCUGAACGCGCUGAAUGACACCUUCAUCUUACAAGCAAGAGCGGCUCCUCUCGUUGGAACGUCUGAUGCAACGGUGUUUGUUGCCAUGGCAGCACGAUUUGGUGAUAGUGAUAUAAUUCAUAUUCAAACCAAUGAACGCAGGGUUCUUGAUGCCUAUGUCCGACUAGCCGGAGAUGGACAACACUUCACACGGAUUGAAUUCGACCAGGCUUCUCGAUGGUCAUAUUCAGGGGUCUCGGUAACCGGUCGCAACAUUACCUCAGGUGGAAUCAUUGUAGCUUUCGACGGAGGGCUAGGUCUGAAUCUAAAAGCAGCAGAGGGGGCCAUGAGCAUUCUUCUUGUAGCUCCAGACUCUUUCCGAGGUCAAACGCAAGGCCUGAUGGGAACGUGGAAUGGUAAUGCCAGCGACGAUUUCCUAACUCCUCAAGGAUCUUUCCUCUCACCCGAUUUGACUACUGAGCAGUUGCACUACCAAUUUGGAUUACUGUGGGAAAUCGAUGCAGCAGAAUCGUUGUUCUAUUACGAACCGAGCAAUGACCACGAAUCUCAUACCGACCGCACUUACACUCCUGUCUUUGAGCCUGUCGCCAACCCUUCUGUAGACCAAAGCCUUGUAUUAGAGGUGUGCGGUACGAACCAGUUCUGUAUCUUCGACUACCAGACAACGGGGUCGCAGAGUUUUGCCCAGAAUUCCGUGAAGGCACUUGUGCAAUAUCAGCAGACAGUCGACAACAUAGCAUCGUUCGUGAGUUGCCCAACUCUUCCCGCCCCUGCUAACGGAAGUGCCAUCGCGACGACCUACAUGGCAGGGGGCGUGGCUAGAUUCGUGUGCGAGGCCGGCUAUGAACUGAGUCACGUGGUCAACUUAACCUGCCAAUCAGAUGGUGCC